AUGCCACCAAAACGUAAAGCCAGUAUCCCACCCAAUGCAGCAUCUGCAAGAAACUACACCGAUGUAUCCGGCGAUGCACCCAACAAGCGCUCGCGCGUUGCUAAACCCCUUUCGAAAGCCUUCGCAGACAGCGCGCCACCGAUAGAUUCGAUAGCGAGAAAUACUGAGAAUGGAGCGCCUGGGGAGGCAGUAAAGAAAGAAGAAGAAGGUGAAGGCGAAUUUGAUCAUUCGCGGCCAGAAGAGCGAGCAGGGAUAGUUGACAGACGUUACUACCCUGCUGAGAUGAGCAAUGAGCGAUGCGCCCUGUACAAUGCAAACGAGAUACCGCGGCCCAUCGAAAUACUGGCAAAGACGCUAGAGAGCACAAAAGAUAGGCGCACGGCUAUCCGGGAAACAAACAAGGCGCAAUUUGGCGAUGCCGUGGUUCACUGGUUCAAGAGGGAUUUGCGGAUACGGGAUAAUACAGGCUUAUCGCAGGCUGCCCAAUUGGCCAAAGCGAAGGGUGUGGGUGUAAUAGGUGUCUGGUUCAUGAGCCCACAAGACUGGGAAGCUCAUCUGGUCAGCCCACCCAAGUGUGAUUUCGAACUGCGUUCGGUCGAGUCACUGAAACAGGAGCUCGAAGAGUUCGACAUUCCGCUAUAUGUUGAGACAAUUGCGGAGAGGAAGAACGUGACAAGGCGACUGGUGGAGCUGGCUGAGAGCUGGAAUGCAAAGAACGUAUUUUGCAACCUGGAAUAUGAACCCGACGAGCUGCGGCGAGAAGAGCGUUUAGUACGUAAGAUGCUGGAGAAAGGUAUCAACUUCGACCCACAACACGAUGAUUGUGUUGUGCCGCCAGGAAGUCUCAAGACAGGAGGUGGGAAACAAUACGCCGUGUACAGCCCCUGGUAUCGGGCAUGGGUUGCGUAUCUACACGCGCACCCGCAUCUCUUGAAUGAGCGACCGAUACCUGAACGUAAUUCUCCAAAUUUCCGCCAAAAGUUCACCCAGCUCUUUGACUCGAAAGUCCCCGACCUCCCCGAUUGCAAGUCGUUGACACAAGAAGAAAAAGAACGCUUCCACCACCUGUGGCCCGCAGGCGAGGCCGCCGCCAUUGACCGCCUAGAACGCUUUUUGAUCGAAAAGAUCGGCAAAUACAAGGAUACACGUAACUUCCCCGCGAAGAACAGCACAGGACGCGUGAGCGUACAUCACGCCGCUGGCACGCUAGCAGCCCGAACCAGUGUACGUAUGGCAAGAGAUGUCAAUAGCGCGAAAAAGCUCGAUGGUGGGAAGGAUGGUGUCAAAGGUUGGAUUGGAGAAGUUGCAUGGCGUGAUUUUUAUCGACAUGUGCUUGUACACUGGCCAUACGUCUGCAUGAACAAGCCCUUCAAGUUCGAAUACACGAACAUUGAAUGGGAAUACAAUGACGCCCACUUCCAGGCUUGGACUCAAGGCCGCACAGGCUACCCAAUCGUUGACGCAGCAAUGCGUUGCAUGAAUCACACCGGCUACAUGCACAACCGCCUUCGCAUGAUCGCAGCUUCCUUCCUUGCAAAACACCUUCUGCUGGACUGGCGUCUUGGUGAACAAUACUUUCUCACACAUCUCGUUGAUGGCGACUUCUCGUCGAACAAUGGCGGCUGGGGCUUCAGUGCAUCAACUGGCGUAGAUCCCCAACCAUACUUUCGAAUCUUCAACCCAUGGACGCAGUCCGAGAGGUUUGACGAGGAGGGAGAGUUCAUCAAAUUAUGGGUUCCAGAACUUGAAGAGAUAGAGGGGCCGGCCAUACAUAACCCUUAUGGUGCGGGUGGGAAGGCGGCACAAGCCGCAAAGUCGAAAGGCUACCCUGAGCCAGUAGUUGAGCAUAAAUUUGCUAGAGAGAGGUGUCUGGCACGGUACAAGGCAGGCAUCGGAAGGGAGACUGCGUGA